AUGUCAAAUUGGUUUAAAGCUGUUAUUGACAUCACGUCAUUUGAGUAUGAUUCUUUUCAGAAUUGGGCAGAAAUAGGCAGAGGAGGAUCGAGUACUAUAUAUAGAGCUUAUUCAAGAGAUAUUGAAAAACAUAUAGCUUUAAAGAAUUUAUAUUGCGAUAAUGAUAUUUCGUUGGAUAGAUUUAUUAAUGAACUAAAAAAUAUUACUAGAGUUGCAUAUCAUGAUAAUAUAGUACAAUUUUUUGGAAUCACUCAAGAAGAGAUAACUUUACAAGUAAUUAUGGGUAAAAGAGAAACUCCUGUUAACGGAACUCCGGUUGACUUUAUGAAUAUUUAUUGUGAUGCUUGGAAUGGUGAUCCAAAUUUACGUCCUAGUAUAACCGAAAUCCGUGAUAAAUUAAAAAAUAUACGAAAGGUUCCAGUUUAUCACAAUGAAAAAGAUAUUAAUAUAGGUGUUUCGA